AUGACCGGCGCUGCCCCCGCCCUCCUCCACCACCACGGAGUUUCAAGCAGAGGGACACUACCUGUCUAUCAUGGCAAUUGCAGAUUCGUCCCAGGAUCUUGUUUCCUCAGCAAAUCAACUAUUUUGGGACCAUUGACUGUGUCUUUGGUUUGUGGUGCUAGCCCCAACAACCAUAGACCAAGGAAUCCAGAUAUCUCACGACAACAGAAGAGGGGUUCAUCAUCAAGGGGGAAAAGCAAGCCAUUCCAAGAAAGGGACGACUCUGAGAAUAAUGAUGAAUUUGAUAGUGAUACAGUAUCCUCCAAAAAUGGACCACCUAUGUCUUUGACAAGCAACUCACGCCCCCAUGCAACAUCAGCUCCAGGGGAAAGGGAAAAGGAGAUUGUAGAGCUAUUUAAAAGGGUUCAAGCACAACUGCGAGCCAGGGGAAAAGGCAGGGAGGACAAGAAGCCUGAACCUGCAAAAUCUCAGGGUGAGAAGGGAAGUGUCGAUUCCCUUCUUAAUCUGCUCAGGAGACACUCGGUGGACCAAAAACGGAAGAGCAGCGAUGAGAAAGAACAGAAUUUUGAUCAGACAUGGAGAAGCAGUGAUUCUGGAAACAAGCAAAGUUCAAGGAUAUUUGGCACGAAGAACGACGUGCAGGAAGGGCAGAAGCCACCUCCUGCAACCUUCCAGAGACCGCCUUCAAGCUUCAGGCGAAGAUCUCCUGUCCCUGGGGUUAAGUUUCAGCUUGUUACCAAUCCAGAAGCUGGUGCCAAGCCUGUCGUCAAUGGCAUGACCGAUGCUGUGCUGAAAGCCAAGACGCCACUGGAGGAGGAGACUGCUCAAGAUGAACCUGAUUCAGUCUCCCCGUACGAACCCGACUCUGUGCUAGCACCAGAAGACGCAUCUUUGGAUGACUUUGUUGUUUCAGAUGAUGAGUCAGACGUGCUGGAUGCCGAUGAACCUGAAGAUUAUCUGGAACCGUUGGAUGAUGUCGACGACAUUCCAGAUAGCAGCGCAUCCCUUGAUGACAGUCUGGAAGGUAGUCCUUCCGCGGAAGCUUCCGACCUGAGCUCGCUCAAGGUCACGGAGCUGAGAGAGCUGGCGAAGUCUCGAGGACUCAGGGGCUACUCGAAGAUGAAGAAGGGCGACCUGGUCGCACUACUGAGCGACGCGUCCUGA